UUUAACCCAAAAAAAUUCUCCUACCGCCGCCGCCGCACCUCCCCUUCUUCUCCCUUUUUCAUUUUCUUCUUCUUUCUCUUCUUUUCCCUCCUGCUCAUUUUAUUCUUCGUCCCCUUUUCUCCCUUCUUUUUUUUUUUCGAUUCUCCCUUCUUCUUCCUCCUCUUCUUCUCCCGUGUACUAGUGGACCUUCAGCCGUCAUUACAGUUUGGGCGUCCGCCCUUCCGCCAUCGUCGAGCAUGUUGCGGGAAUCAUUCCGUCGCCGUCGCACGAAACCUAUUCAAAAGGCUUGUGGGUAUGCUUUGUCUCGUGAACGGAUUUGUGUUGGGGCCUACAGGAUAGGGCGCAGAGAUGGUCGGAUUAGGCAUGGUUUCGCGCCUCUCUCACCCUCUACAGUCUUUGUACACAUGGAUAGAAUCCUUGAACGCUAUCAAGCACAUGUGGGCGUUGACAGGCCAACGAGAGCAUCGGAUCAUCUUGAAUCACCGCGAAGUUGCAGUUUAGAGCAUGCAAAGGUCAAGGCCCGAAUGGAAGCUUUGCAGAGAAACGAAAGGAACAUUAUGGGAGAUGACUUGGAUUCCUUAACUCUGAGGGAGCUGCAAAACUUGGAACAUCAAGUUUGUGGAUCUCUUAAAAGGAUCAGGUCUCGCAUGAACCAACAAAUGCAUGAAGCCAUUUCUGAGUUGCAGAAGCAGGAUAAGGCACUGCAGGAUCAGAACAAUUUGCUCGCAAGAAAGCAGAAAAAGGAGAAAGAGACAGAAUCAUCAUCCGCCACUCCAGAAGAGCAAAACAAUUCAAGACCAUCAUGUUUUGAUUUGCUGCAGCCUAUGAACACUCUGAAUUUCAGUGAAACAGUUGAAGCUCAAAGCAGCAGCGCAGAGCAAGUGGAAGGAACCACUAUUCCCCUCCAAAAUCAACCCUCUGAUUUGGAAUUGGUUCCAUGGAUGUUACAUCGAUCUGGUGAGUAAUAUAUGGCUGUUGAACCAGUAUUUGAUUUGAUUUGAUUUGUGUCGUGGCUUAGAUUGUUCUAUUGAACUUCAAAAUAUGUAUGUAUGUCUGUAAGCAUAUAAGUAUCCAUGUUGAGGAAAUUCUCCUCCCAUGAGAUUGUUUUAUUGAACUUGAAAUAUUGGAAGGGAGAUCAUACCUGUUUUAGAAUGAACUAAUGAAAUAUUUUGUACAA